UUUUAUAUUCCUGAGAAUAUUAUAUUAUGGAUAUACAAUAUUAAUUCCACACCCUCUAUGGAUCCAGUGGCUGUUCCCAUGGCUUUCUCUACCUAUUUAACCAAUCAUUUCCUUCUUUCUUCCUUGCAAAGACUUCAGAGGGGAUAAGAGGAAAGGAAGGGAUGGCAGCCAUGGUGUUGUUACAGGCCUCCUUCUUCCUCCUUUUGGCCUUGAUGGCUCAUACCAGCAGCGUAGAAGGCUAUACUUCCAAAGGAACGCUAGCAACUCUCCGGCAGAUCAAUGCUCGCGGUCCUUACAUCGGCAUCAUCGUUCCAAACACUUUUGAGAUGAAUCCUCUCCUCAAUUCCUCCAGCUUCAAGGCAAACACGCUUCAGUACCUGGACAUUUCUGGCAGAAGGUUUAGGUUUGGCACAGUGGAAGGGAAGAAAGUGAUUAUAGUUAUGACAGGAUUAAGCAUGGUGAAUGCAGGCAUAACAACUCAAUUGUUACUGACUCUGUUCAAAGUUAAAGGAGUGGUGCAUUAUGGGAUAGCAGGAAAUGCAAACUCAGCCUUAGAGAUUGGAGAUGUAACCAUUCCCCAGUAUUGGGCUCAUACUGGCCUUUGGAAUUGGCAGAGGUACGGGGAUGGACCUAAGGACGUCCUGGCUCUUGAAUCAAACGGCGACUACACAAGGGACAUCGGGUACCUUCACUUUGCAGACUUCCAGAACGUCACAGGGACCGGGGACAACCUGCUCAACAAUGUCUGGUACCAGCCUGAGGAGGUCUUCCCGGUCGACGGCACGCCUGAAGUCCGGCAGCACGCAUUUUGGGUUCCCGUGGACACAACCUACUUCAAUCUCAGCAAGAAACUAGAAGGCCUAAAGCUUGAGAGAUGCAUAAACUCCACAACCUGCCUUCCAAGGGCACCCGUGACGGUGAGGGUGAAAAGGGGGAUCAGUGCCAACGUAUACCUUGACAACGCUGCUUACCGGAGCUUCAUCUACAAGAAGUUCAACGUGACACCGGUGGACAUGGAGAGCGCUGCAGUGGCUCUCAUCUGCCUCCAGCAGAGGACACCGUUCAUUGUUAUCCGGUCACUCUCUGACCUUGCCGGCGGCGGCUCUUCUCUCUCGAAUGAAGCCAACACUUACUCCACUCUAGCGGCUCAAAAUGCCGUUUCUGCCACGAUCAAAUUCAUCCAACUGUUGUCCGGCUAGUUUUUUGUUGGUCGAUCGUGUCUCAUUGUGUCAAUCUUAAUAAACAUUGGCAUGUUGCAAGGCAAGGCUGGUCCAUGAGGCCUGCCAGACCAUGAAUAAAAGAAAUUAGUGAGAAA